AUGAUGAAACAGCAAGAACUUACAAACAAGAACAAUGAAGCUUCCAUAAGAAACAUAGAAAGGCAGAUUGGACAGCUUUUCAAGCAAGCCGUGAUUGAAAGGCCAUCAAGCUCACUCCCAAGUGAUACCAUUCCAAAUCCUAAAGAAGAGUGCAAAGCCGUACAGCUAAGAAGUGGAAGAACCUUGGUGAAUGACAAGGAGGCAACCAAGAAUCCUAUGGAAAGCAACAAAAAGCCAAUAGAGAAUGAGAAAGCCAGCAACAAAGAAGUGACAGCAAGCAACCAAACUUCAGAAAAGCUUAAAGAGAAGGAUGGCCAGCCACAAAACUUAAGGAAAGGGAAGGAAGCAAUAGAAGGACCAUCUCAAGGACAGAAGCAAGAGGAGAAGACUUUCACACCUCCCUUGCCAUAUUCUCAAAGGUUUAACAAGGAGACCAACGACCAACACUUCCCUAAAUUCCUUGAAAUCUUCAAGAAAUUGGAGAUUAAUAUCCCUCUGGCUGAGAAAGGGCUUCCCCCAAAACUUGAGGACCCUGGAAGCUUUUUCCUACCUUGUACCAUUGGCAACAUAAGCAUCAAUAAAGCAAUGUGUGACUUAGGAGCUAGCAUCAAUCUAAUGCCCUCUUCUCUGAUGAAAAGGCUAUACAUAGAGGAGGUAAAGCGCAUACAGAUGUCACUAGAGCUAGUGGACAAGACUAUGGUGUUUCCCAAAGGUGUGAUUGAAAACCUUUUGGUCAAAGUGGAUAAGUUUAUAUUUCCUGCAAACUUUGUGAUUCUGGACCUAGAUGAGGAAAGAGGUAAUUCCAUUAUACUAGGAAGACCAUUCUUAGCUACAGCAAGGGCUAUUAUAGAUGUGGAACAAGAGGAAUUGACCUUAAGAGUGCAUGAUGAAAGCAUUACUCUAAAUGUCUUUCCAGAAAUACAACACUCUGAUGAAAAGAAAGAAUGCAUGGAUAUCAACAAAGAAGACUUGCAGUGA